AUGCGGCACUUUGCGUUGGCCACACGCAGAGUUACUGCCGUGACAUCUCCGGUGCGUCUCUGUUUUCGAGCGACAUCAGCUCCCGCAUCAAAUCCGGUUGCAGCUCCAGAGACCACUACAGUGAGGGAACCGCAGCCACGACAGAAGGAAAACGUCUUGAAAGUCCCCUCGAUGACCCUAGCGCAGCUGCUUACAUCGGUGGUGGGGGAAAUGCAGAAGAAAUCGUUAACUCCAGCCGUACAUGAAAACGUGACACAGAACAAAACGGAGGGUUCCUUUGAGGAGGCUGCCAAAGAUGCGUCCAAGGAGGCGAAAGCGGGUUUGUUGCCAUACAAACUAUCUCCUGAGAAGUUUAUUAUGGCAAUAAGCACUUACAUUCGUCGUGAAGAGGAAAUGGCAUUAAUGAGCCGUUCUAAUGUGGUUGCUAUGCGGCGGCAAUACUUGAUGUUGCGUGCCAAGCAACCCCGCCUCUCUUCCAGUCAGCGGGAUAUUCUUCUUCACGAGGCGUCAUGUAUUGUGGAGAAGAGGGAAGUGCCACUUAACGUGGCAGCACGCCUGCUAAGACCACGCUGGCCAAAUUAUUUUAUGGACGUCGUGGGAGUUCGUCAUCACGCUUUUUUGGUACAAAGUCUGCGUGGAUGGACUGUGGAAUUGAUACGGGAUGGCAAGUUAACAGCAAAGGAGGCCCGAAGAUUCUUAAUGCAAUGCCCACGUCUGUUUUUUGGCCAAGUCUCGCUCAUGGGAUCUGUCGUGGAAUGUGCACUGUCGGAUGUUAAUACUAUAGACGAUCCGGAGCUUUUGAUAAAACUUAUGUGGUCUGUGAACAAUGCCAAAACACACGCUCCGGACCAUUUCUGGAGGCGUAUUGUUGACAAACUGGCAAUGUUAAAUCGCUCUAUGCGGGAUCAAGUCGGGGAUGCUAUUCGCAUUGGGAAGGGAAAAGAUGAGAAGAAGAGUGAGGAGGAAGUAACCGAGGCCAAUUCCGUGAUGGUUGGCCAUGUCUUUUCUGGGCUGACAACCAGACAACUGUUCCGUAUACUUCGUGUGCUGCGGAAGGAGCGAUGGUGUGGUGAUGUUUCUGUAAUUUUUGAUUUUAUGGACAAGGCGCUUAAAAAUAUCGUAUUUGAGGUGGAGGCAACACAAGUCGCUGAUACGAAGUCUUCUGAAGGCCCGCCCUUACGACGAACGGUGGUGCAGCGUGUAAAGAAGGCUUCAGACUUGUCGCCGGUGGAGCUGCUUUCUUUGCUGAGUAUUGCAGGUGAACUUGGGGCGGACUUUCACGUGUCAUUGGCGCGUCUGUCGGAAUAUCUGCUUUCCCCUAUGACACGGUACUUGGACCGGGAUUAUCUCCUGCUCCUCACCACCUGUGUCAGACGGACCCGCUGCGACUCAGCACACCUUGUGCAGACAAUUGUGGACACGAUUGUGCGGCGCGGUGUCACGUAUUCGUUCUCCCUUGCCUUAACAAAAGCCGUGUUGCGAACCAUCCUACAGAAACCCGCGUUGCUCUCACACCUGACACUUGCCCCUUUUAUGGAUCACAUAUUUUAUCUCUGUGAUACACACAAGCGGCAUUUACGUGCGUCGCAGAUUCUUGCGUGGGUGGAGUUAUUGUAUGCCCUUUCGAGAUUGUAUGCACCCUCGUCAUCCGUUGGUGUGCGGGUUCGGGCUGCUGUAGAGUCCUUCGCCGAUCCUCUAAUUGCAAUGUUGGCGAUCGAGGUUGUACCCACCUCCAUCGUUUCCCGCAUGCUGGAGUACACGGUCAUACUUGGCAUGCGGAAGCAGCCACAGUACCCUCUCACCGCGAAGCUGUGGGAGGACCGCAACACACUCGUGAAUGGGCGUCGCGCGCACGCGGAUUCUUUGGGAGGCGGUGAUGAAAAUGACACGGCGUCGCCGGAUCACGGCCCGGCGGAGGAUGUGACGUCGGAGACAAUGGAAAUGGAAGAAGCUCCUAAGGGCGAGGUUACCAAAUCUGUUAAACGUGUGUAUGAUGAGCUUAUCUCCGUCUAUGAAAGACAGACAGUUAUGCAAAUGCCUCUUUUGAAAGGGGAGAAAGAGCGGGUUUGCGAAACUUUCCAGCGAGUUGGGCUCUACAGCAUUUUUAUGGGAGCAGACAUUAUGAAGCAACUGCAUUUGAGAGAUGCCGCAUCCACAAGCAGCGCGUCGACGUUGCGUCACAGGGCACUAUAUUCACGGCCCCUAUCCACGUGGAUUGAGCGAAACGUUGCUUCCAUUGUUGAUACACGCAUUCGGAAUGCAAAGAUAUCACCAGAAUCUACAGACAACGAUGUGCUUCGCCUGUUCGGCCACCGUCAGUGUGACGCCGCGAAGGUGCGUCGCUUUCAGGUGCUUCUGAUGAGCUCUCCGUUACUGCUGGCUCGUGAACGCCGUAGUUUGUGGGAGUAUACAUCCGAGCUGGCGCGUCGAUUUGGUGGGGUUCAGGAGAAGUCCCUGGCAGAAGAAAUGCUUCGCAAGGCCCUUCACUAG